AUGGAAGACCCCCAGGCGAAACUGUUUUUAACCGCCCGCGAUCGGCAUCCGCCAAACGAAGCUGCCAGAUGCAUUGAAAACAACAUUGCUCUGCCAGGCCAACCACUACCUGUGUUCAGUGAACGUGCAAAUGGCUUUGUAUCCUUGGAAGAGGCUCGCCAAGAGCAGGAGGAUAGUGCAACCAAGUGGAAGGAGAUACAAGAGGAGAUAGAAGCCCUCUCCCAAUUGAUGGAGCAAGUUCAGAGGAAGCUCGAUCAAACUCAAACAGGCCAGAAAUACAGUAUCAAAGUCGAUCUACGCCAGUGCAAUUGGAAAGUGGUUUUGGGAGAAGUAGAGAAAACAGCUCAAAUAUGGAGGGGCAGACCAAACAAGCAAAGCAAAAUAAUGGUCUUUGUUGAUAAGGUUGGGCGGCACUCGGAAGCUCUUGAAAUGUGGUUGGCACUUUUGCCUACAGGCGAUUAUGGGUCAAGUAUCUGCGGAGCAUUCAAGCUUAUCAUCGGGGCCGCCGGGAGGUACACCAAGGUCGAGGAGAGCGUUUAUGAAGCAAUGUCGGAGAUACCAAUAAUCAUGGAGCGUACAAAGAGAUACGUUGACAUGUACAGACAGAUGCGCGAUCAGUUUCUUGAACAGCGCACAAUCGAGCUUUUCCGAGCUAUCCUGACCUGCUUCACCAGGUCAUGCAGAAAGUUCAUUGGCAGCCUUAUGCAGCAGGUUGAAUACAAGGAACAGCUGUUCCAAGGUGUUGCGGUCAUCAAGGCGUUCGCUCAGGCUGUGAAUGACGAGGCAUCGCAGUGUCAAACACGUAUGGUCACGACAGAUUCCAAACCUUUAUGA